UUGUCGCUGCUUUCGUUCGCAAUGAAAUCGCGGGCCUUAGUUAUUGUUCUCUUGCUUUUCCUUCUGAAAGAACAUCCUUUAGCUGGUGCGAACUCAAUUAAAGAUUUGCCGCAGGAUCUACUUACAUCGAGCUCUGAACCUGAUAAUCAUCAUCAAAAUGAUUAUUUUGUAAAUUUAAAUGGUGAAGCUAGUUACAUGGAACAUACUGUAAGGGACUUGAGAAGUCUGUUGGCAAUAAAAACAGAGCUACUAAUUGUAAAAGACGAACUAAUCAAAACUCAGAGAGAACACCUUAAUAAUAAAAAUGAGCAAAUCUCGGAUCUACGGAGUCACAUUAAAUCGCUUGAGACAUCAAUAUCGGAAAGAUCUAAUCAGCUUUCGCAAUGCCGUGAAACUGAGGCCAAUUUGCCUGACUCAUGUCCCAGUGCCAUUUCCAAUAGGAUUUACGAACUAAAACUUCGGGGAAUGGAGCCAUUUAAGGCGCCUUGUAGGUUCUAUGCUUCUGAUAUGAUGGUAAUUCAGAGACGUGUUGACGGAUCAGUGAACUUCGAUCGAAACUGGAGCGAUUAUAAAAACGGUUUUGGAAAUGUCAGUGGAGAGUUUUUCCUUGGACUGGAAAAAGUACAUCGAAUGACAGCAUCACGACCCCACGAACUCCACAUUAAGCUUGGGAAGGUCGAUGGGUCCACCAGCUACGCUCAUUACGAUGAUUUUCAAAUUGGAAGCGAAGAUGAAUUGUAUGAGCUGAAGAAGCUGGGAACGUUUUCUGGGGAAGCCGGAGAUUCCCUUAAAUAUCACCUUAACCAAAAGUUUACCACAUUUGAUCGGGAUAAUGAUGAGUAUGAAGAAAAUUGCGCCACCAAUGGUGGCGGUGGUUGGUGGUAUUAUGAUUGUGGUCAAAGCUCGCUCAAUGGAAAAUACCAUAUAGAUGGUCAUAAUAGAUGGUCAUCAGAAGACGGAAUAAAUUGGGGCACAUGGCAUGGCUACAACUAUACGAUCUCGCUAACCUUCGUUGAAAUGAUGAUAUGGCCAAAAACCUAAUGAGCCUAAAUAUUUAUCGAAAGACACACAGAGGAAAAUACCAAGAAUAUGCGUUUUAUUAGUUAAAAUAUUACAAUUUUAUGUUAUCGAAAUUCUAUUUCCAUUUCUAGUUUCAUUUCGGUUCCAAAAAAAUUAAAUUUAUAGAGUUGUAUGUGCAAUUCCAAUUGUAAUUAUUAUAAUUAUUAAAUCACACUUAAAAAUC